AUGAGUUGGAAUGUUAGAGGGCUUAAUGGAGUCAAUAAACAUAGCCCUGUUAGUGAUCUUUGUAAGAGGUACAAAAUAGGAGUAGGUGGUCUUUUAGAGACCAAGUUGAAGGGCAGCAAAAUUAGUAGAUUUGUAGAUCUUCAUUUUCCGAAUUGGGAUUACUAUACUAGUCCAGAAAUUGAAGGGCGUCUUUUGAUUGUUUGGAGGAAGUCAUUUGUGAAGUACAGAUUUGGAGUCACUUUUGUCUAUGGAAUGAAUUCUAUAGAAGGAAGGAGAAGCCUUUGGGACGGGCUAAGAAGGCCAUUUCUUAAGGACACAACUUGGAUUUAUCUAGGGGACUUCAAUGCCCCUUUUACAGGCAAGGAUAGAUUGGGUGGGAAGCCAAUUUCUGGCUUGGAGUUUGCUGAUCCUAAUCGGUGGCUUGCUGAUGCUUAUCUAGAACCGUUAAAAAGUGUUGGGUCUUACUUUACUUGGACCAAUAAUCAGCAUGGUGCAACAAGAAUCUAUACAAAAAUUGAUCAUGUUCUUAUAAAUGAGAAAUGGGUGGACUUAUUUCCUCAAGCAACUGCUAUGUUCAGCUGGGAAGCAAUUUCUGAUCAUUGCUCCUGCCUUGUCAAACUUCAGGUUCAUGAGAAGCUGGGAGUUAGGAUAUUUCGGUUCUACGAUUAUUGGAUAGAGCAUCAAGAAUUUCAUACUCAGGUUCUUAGAAGUUGGAAUCAGCCAAUUAAUGCAACAGGAAUUCGGGCCAUUUACCUUAAAAUGCUGAGACUGAAACAUUGUCUGAAAGCAUUUAAUACAGAUAAAAUAGGUGACCUGAAGGCUAACUUCUAUAAAGCUAAAGAGACCUUUCAAGCAGCUCGUUUACAAGCUCAAACUUUCCCUCACAUGUUGGAUUUUCAAGAAGUUGAAAAGGAGGCAGCUGAGGCUUAUUCUGCCCAGGAAAAACUUUAUCAGAGCUUCUUAAUUCAGAGGAAUGGCACAGUGGUGGAUAAUUUCUCAGAUGUAUUUUCUCAUUUUGUGGGGCAUUUUAGAGACUUUUUGGGUAGCUCUAGUUCGGCUUUAGGGAGCAUUAACAAUCAGAUAGUAGAGAUGGGACCUCAACUGUCAGUUACGCAGCAAAUGAAACUUCUUAAACCUUUCUCUAGGAAGGAGAUUAGGGAGUCUCUCUUCAGUAUUCCUAUAACCAAGUCUCCGGGCCCGGAUGGGUUUGGUUCUGGAUUUUAUAAAGCAGUUUGGAAUGACAUUGGGGAUAAGGUGUGUGGAGCUAUUACCCACUGUUUUGAAUCUGGUAUCUUCCCUUCUGAGCUCCAUGAAACAACCUUAUCUCUGAUUCCUAAGGUUGCUAAUCCUUCAAGGGCUAUUGACUAG